GGGGAUUUGAUGGCUGAAUAUCUGGCAUGAGGAAGCUGCACGGUGGAAAUGCAUCCACGGUUCCUGACGUUUGCUUCAAAUUCACUCAAACAACAGGCAGAGCUUUUUUUUCAGGACCCUUCAGCGUUGAAGAAUGGAUUGACUGAACAGAUGUGUUAAACAUGGACAUCCUUCCUCUGGUCGUCCUACUUUUCUGCACGACUGAAGCUCGAGCUCGUGUGACGCUUUCGCCCACAAACCUGACGGUGGUGCGAGGGGACGAGGCCCGUUUCACCUGCACGGUCCAAAACACACAGUGGACUGUUAUGACCUGGAUGAUGAACGGCGGAUCGGUGGCCACCAUUUCCAAGAACUUAGGUGUUCUGCCUUCCCUCAACCCAAAUGUGACAGCGCAGAAGUCAAAGGAGGACAGCUGGGUGUUAGUCCUGAAGAGCACGGAGAAGGAGAACCAGGGUCAGGUGACCUGUGAUGUCCAGCACGUCGAAAUUCAAACAACAUUCCUGUUUGUACAAGAAAAGGGCAAUGUGAUAAUCCAAGGAGAUAGCCGGUUGGCCUAUAUAGACUCACUAGUCUGGUUUCAGUGUCGUGCAGCAGGAUGGUUCCCUCAACCCUUUGUGGAAUGGCGAGUGGACGGUAAAAAGGUGAAGCAAAAGCAACACAGUGAAUCCAGUUGGAGCUCUGUUGAGAUGGUGGGUAGCCUCUUCACUGUGACCACCAACCUCACUGUCAAGGCUGUGAAGAGCACUCGUGUAGACUGCCUGGCCUCCGUCUCGGCUCUUCCUGCACCGCUGAAAAGCAGCGUCAAUCUGACAGUGGUUGCUGAGGUGCUGGGAGAAGCAGCGGACCGCACAGACCUGAUGAUAUUAUCCGCCUGUCUCGCUGCUCUGCUGCUGCUUCUGCUGGUCUGCAUUUCUACUGUCCUCUGCUACAGACGAAGGACACAAGCAAAGGACAACUUGCAGGAAGUGAUUAGGUUUGACCAAUCAGGACCUGAGGGAAUCACUGGGGCGACAGGAGGGACGCUGAACCUGGGGUACUCCAGUGAAGGCACAGCAAGUAAGAGGCAGAGGAUUUACCAGGUAUUUAUCUCUGAGUCACACUGGUUUUUGACUACAGACUCCCUGGAUCCACGGCAGAUGAGGACGGCAGCCUGGGUCACAUGGAAGCUCACAGCCAAUCAAGCUAUGCCAGUUUUCAUCACAUACCGGAUGUUGUGGACGCCAGCAGCAUGUUCCCGCCAUACAAGAGGCAUGCCACAAAGUUUCAGCAACAGGAAAGCCGGAGCAAUAGCAGCCGGGCCAUUACCACAGUUUAAAAUGUUUUUAUUUUGCUAUGUUUGCACCUAUGUGUUUGGGACAUGCUCGGAUUAUAUGCCUAUUUUUAAACCUUGUGAGAUCAAAAUAAUGUUUUCCCUGGAAUAUUAUUUACCCAAAAGUUUCUAUGUCAGUGUGGGGGAAUUGAUCUGGGGAAGAAAGUACAAUUGUGAAAAGAAAAAAAUGUUAAUGCCAAAUGUUACAUCGCCCAUUUGUUGAAGUAAAAAUGCACUAAAUAUGAACAUUUCUAUUAAGACUUCAUGAUGUUCUGAUAAUGAAAACCUUGAUGAUUUCUACUGGAUUUUGGAAUUAAAGAUUUUGACACCCUGA